AUGCCUCCUAUCAGACGGCAACGUUCAGAGCCCAUUGUUCGCGUAAGAACAGGCUGCUUUACCUGUCGCCGCCGCAAGAAAAAAUGCAACGAGUCGAAACCCGUCUGCGCGGGGUGUGCGCGGAACAAGCUUGACUGUUCCUGGCCGACAUCGACACUAGAGUCUGACAGGAUACCCAGCGGAGGCUCCCCAAGUUGCACUUUGCAGAGGGAUAGACAGUGUCAGGGUACCUCGCCCAUUCCCAGCUCGCCUAUCUCAUUCGACUCGCAGUCACCCCUGACCGGACCGUUUCCCUCGGAGAACCAGUCACUGUAUACAGCUCUCGCUGAUCAGGAUGACUCGAUGGGGCUUCAGCUAAUGACCCCUAUGGGAGAAUUGAUUCCUAAUACCCUCGGAACAUUGCAGAAUGACUUGGCACUCGUGAAUAUGCUCCCUCAGACGCCCUCAAUGCUGCCAGGCCGCGACCCCGAGUGUUUUCAACUGCUGAGCCAUUACCUCGGGACUACUGCAGACUGCAUGUCCAACGGUUCGACCCCGAUUAAUCCUUUUCUGGUCCAAGUAGUCCCGCUCGCCUUCUCGAGUGACUUGGUGCUGCAGCUAGUUCUGACGCAGAGCGCUGCCCACCGAGCAUUCCGCUCCAAAAAGGGCGUGGACGAUAUGGCCGAGAGUCAGUACACGAAGGCCCUGCGACUCUUCCGAAAGAGCGUUACGGAGUUUAUUGAUGGGGAAGAAUCGAACCCGCUCCUUCUUACGGUCGGGGCGCUCAUUAUGUGUUUUACAGAGACAGCAAAAGGCGAUAUGAACGGGACAGUAUUCGACCACCUAUCUGCAGCCAACUCUCUACUGAUACAGUUUUUACUGCGGGGCAAUACUACCAUUCCACAAGAUCUGGACGACUUUAUUAUCGAUUACUACACGUACACCGCUACCGUGAGCAUGAUUUCCAUCGACGCCCGCGUGAGCUCCCAGCGUCUACUUGAUUCCGAUAUGGAACAGCGCGCCCACCGCCUCAUAAGCUGCCAAUACAUCGGAAACCUCUCCGGAUGCUGGCUAGAACUCCUUCUAGUGAUCCCUCGAAUCUUCGACCUCGGGCGGCGAUUGAUGAUGGAAGACAAUCAGCCAGGUACCCCAACGGCAGACGAUAUCGUCGUGUUUGGCUCACUACAAGCGGAAAUUAUGCGAUGGACGCCUUACUCGUUCGCGUCUGAGGAAACACAGCUAGCGGGUUUGAUAUUUCAGCAGGCCAUGCUACUAUACUUAGUCACAUCGCUCGGCAUGUUCUCGGAAGACGCGACUAGCGCAGGCAGUGCACUGAUGAACUGUGCGAUUGGAGAAGCAAUGGCUCUCCUUCGCCGUGUGUCGGCGACAUCGCGCAUCAACUCUGGGCUCUGCUGGCCUAUCGCCGUUGUGGGAUCUUGCUUGUCAGAUCCAGGACUACAAGAGGAACUCAGACAGCGCCUUACAACUAUGGGAAAUACAUUUGGCCUGGGGAAUAUGCACAGGACUCUUCUCUUGCUUGAACAUAUGUGGAAGCUACCUCUUCAUGAUGCGGGCCCGUGGAAUAUUUGUCGCGCAAUGCAGCAGAAGCAAAUAUGGAUAUCGUUUGCUUGA